AUGGCCUAUGCGGCUCUCAUACCUGACAUGGAGAGCCCCUCGAAGCCGAGCCGCACAGCGGAGGCUCGUUAUCCGGGGUCUCGGAAUCGCAGCAACUGCUCGAGCACCUCCAGUGACUCCGAGAACUCCUCGUGGUUGCAGUGGGCCGAGAUGAAUGGGCGGCCCCCGCCGCGCUGCUUCGUCAACGCAGAGGUGGAGCGCCUGGCCAACGAGAAGAACCGGGCCCUGAGGUACAGGGAGACUGCCGGACCGGCCUACAAGCUGCUCUUCGAGACCGUCGUGGCAUCGGUGUUGGGCCCCACACUGAUCUUCAUCUUGGUGUACAGCGGCUCCUCUUGUGAGAAUGGCAUGGACAAGCCUGUCCCGUAUUAUGUCUGGUGCUGCGCCUUACCCUUUGCAUUGUUGCAUUUCGUGCAAGAGGUCCGCGUCUUUCGCUACACUGUAGUGCCCUACUUCCAGGUGGUGGGCCGCUUCCAAAUGCUCAGGGUGCGCCUAGGUCCAGAGCUUUGGAUCACGCUGAACACGAUCAAGUCGUUGGCGUUUCAGGGUGCCGUCUUCUCGAACGCAGUCUUCGCUGCCCGAACAUUUGCCACCUCGCACUGCAGUCUGCAAUAUCACGGGUACUCAGAACAACUAGGUUCCUUCAAGACGGAGACCAGCUUCGAUGAGAUCUGGCAAAUCACGCUGCGGCAAUCAAAUUUCCUGUUCUUCCUGAGAGACGCUCCCUUGUCUGCUCAGGUCAUGUUUUGCUGGCUGCUGUCCUUUGCGCCCCUCAUCCACGCAAUUCUAGAAUCUUUGCCCGGCGAUCGGUGGGUCUGGGAUCUGGACUUCACCCUGGAUGUGGAAAAACCCAACGGUCAAGUGGCCAGCGCGGCUGACACCUCCGGCGAGUAUCAAAAUGUCUUGGGGGGUACCUUCACCUUUGGGGACUCCGUAAUGAUGCUGUCAAGCGGCCUGGGAAUGUAUCUUAUCGACGAGCAGAGCCCCUCGUAUCCACGGACCAAGACCUACAAAGUUCUGGACAAGCUCUUGCAUUGCCUAAAGGAGGACUCCGGCACCGGCGAGAAGUCUGUGACCUCGUCGCAGGAUGCACUGAACGACAUGCGCCAACCCUUGCAGAUCUACACCAGAAAUGCAUUGACCCGGUGUUUUCUGAAAGUGAUUACCCUCGGCUUGUUCAACAGCGCUUUGCAGAUCCACGUGCAGAUCUCCGUUUACGCCAUGUUUCGGGCUACCAGUGCCAACAAGGCUGUGGACUUCCAGCGCUUGGUCUCCAUCGGCCUUAGCGUCGGCAGCGCUCUCUUCUUGCUGAUCAACGUGGAGAAGGUCCUCAACUACGGGUCCACCGCUAUCAGGAAGGUGGAGGAUGUCAUGGCGCACAUCAACGAGUCCGCCAUGCCAGUGACCUGGAAGGAUUUGAAGAAUUACUUUGCAUACAGGUCCGCGGAGAAUCAGGUCAUGCGAUAUCGAAGCUACGUGCGCUACUCUGCUGUUGCCUUCGUCCUCUGCAUCGGCCUGGCCAUGACCAAGCUGGGCAUGGUUUUUCGGUGCCCCGACGCGUUGUGGAACCUGGGCUCACAGCACUCUUGCGUAGACCUGGCGUCGGUUCUGGUUCACACAGCUCCCUGA